CACCAUUAUGCCUGUUGUGUUUUCUUCCCGCCAAAUUUACACCGCUCAGCUUCCUUAUUAAUCACCUCAGCUCUCAAGAUCAUCUCGCUCAAGUUACAGUUUACUUUCUUUUCUGAUCCUUUCGUGAUAAAUCUAGCAAGAGGAUGGAAGGUUUUGACGAUGCUGGAGUGUUCUUCUCGGAAGACAUGCGAGAUGACAAGGAUAAACCACUUUCGCAAACCAGGCAGGCCAUCAAGCAGAAAAUUAAGGAUUUUCUCCGCAAAUUUGAUGAUGGAGAGUGCCUCAAAUACAGGGAGCGACUUAAGCGAAAUUACAAUAUUGGGCAGUACUAUCUGGAAGUCAAUUUGGAGGACCUGGCUAGUAUGGAUGAAAAUCUGGCUGACAAGUUUUAUAAGGAACCAACAGAACACCAUCCUCUCUUUGAAGAAGCAGCCAAGGAGGUGGCUGGAGAAAUCACUGCCCCUCGUCCUGAAGGAGAGGAGGAGGUCCAGGACAUUCAGGUCAUAAUCCAGUCAGAUGCGAAUGUCACGUCCAUGCGCGGCUUGCAGUCUGACUAUGUUUCCCGGCUUGUCAAAAUUCCUGGCAUUGUCAUCGCAACUUCGGGUAUCAGGGCAAAGGCCACCAAGAUGUCCAUCCAAUGUCGUGGCUGCCAGAGCGUCAUUCCCAACCUGUCAGUGAAGCCUGGUCUGGAGGGCUUCAUUUUACCACGAAAGUGUAACCAAGAGCAGACUGGUCCUACCAAGUGCCCCUUGGAUCCUUUCUUCAUCGUUCCUGACAACUGCACUUGCGUCAACUUUCAAAUCAUCAAAUUGCAGGAACUCUCCGAGUCUAUUCCUCAAGGAGAAGUUGCCAGACACAUGAAGCUGUACUGCGAAAAGUAUUUGUGCGACAAAGUUGUUCCUGGAAAUAGAGUGGUCGUGACAGGAAUUUUCUGCAUUAAAAAAGUCAACAUUGGAAGCAAGGAACAAAGGGGCGAGAAGCAGACGGUUGGAGUGCGUGCGCCUUACAUCCGCGUGCUGGGAAUCAGUGCCGAUUCUUAUGAUGCUGGGGUGAGCUCCAGCGGUCCACCCAUCACUGGUGAGGAGGAGGAUUCCUUCCGCAGACUUGCAGCUGCGCCCAACGUCUACGAGCGGAUUGCCAAGAGCAUUGCACCCAGCAUUUUUGGCGCUGAGGACAUGAAAAAGGCCAUUGCGUGCCUAUUGGUUGGCGGCUCUCGCAAGCGAAUGAACGACGGCCUUACUAGAAGAGGCGAUAUCAACGUGCUCAUGCUUGGUGACCCAGGCACGGCCAAAUCUCAGCUGCUCAAAUUCGCUGAAAAGGUGGCUCCAAUUGGGGUGUAUACAUCUGGGAAAGGCUCUUCUGCUGCUGGUCUCACAGCAUCAAUCAAUCGUGACCCUCAAAACCGCAAUUUUGUUAUGGAAGGAGGUGCCAUGGUUCUCGCUGAUGGUGGAGUCGUCUGCAUUGACGAGUUUGACAAAAUGAAAGAAGAUGAUCGCGUGGCUAUUCACGAAGCAAUGGAGCAGCAGACCAUUUCAAUCGCCAAGGCUGGGAUCACGACAACGCUGAACUCAAGGUGCUCUGUCCUGGCUGCGGCAAAUUCAAUUUACGGCCGCUGGGACGAAACCAAAGGAGAAGAAAACAUUGACUUCAUGCCCACAAUUUUGUCACGUUUUGACAUGAUUUUCAUUGUGAAAGACGAACACAGCCAGCAGAGGGACAUGACUCUAGCGAAACACGUAAUGGGUGUUCACAUGAACGCUAGGCACACUGAAGUUGAGACUGCUGACGGAGAGAUGUCUUUGAAUUUCAUCAAAAAGUUCAUUCACUAUUGCAGAACCACCUGCGGUCCACGCCUAUCAGAAGCUGCAGGAGAGAAAUUGAGGAAUCGAUAUGUGGUUAUGCGAAAUGGUACUAAAGAGCAUGAGAUGGAGACUGAGAAAAGAAUGAGCAUCCCCAUCACUGUCAGACAACUUGAGGCCAUCGUCCGAAUUUCUGAAGCUUUGGCCAAGAUGCAACUGCAGCCCUUUGCCACUGAGUCGCAUAUAGCAGAAGCUCUGCGUCUGUUCCAGGUGUCCACUUUGAAUGCUGCCAUGUCUGGAAGCUUAGCAGGCGUGGAAGGAUUCACUACACAGGAAGACCACGAGACCAUCGUAAUGAUUGAGCAGCAGCUGAAGAAGCGUUUCCCGAUUGGAUGCCAAGUGUCAGAAGCGAAUGUAAUCGCUGAUUUUGCAAAGCAAAAGUAUGCGGAGAGGACCAUCUACAAAGUGAUUCACACCAUGAUCAGAAGAGGAGAAUUGCAGUACCGUCUGCAGCGCAAAAUGCUCUACAGAGUUAAGUGAGUUGCACUUCUAUUAUCAUCAUGCUUCGCAAUUAUUUGUAAAUUAUUUAAAAUAAACUUUGAAUUCGUUCUUAA